UGAUUUUCUUUUCAUCUCUUGGUUUUGUUGUCAAUAUUUCAGCGUUGUGAGAAUUAAGCUGUGACUUGUAAGGAAAACCAAUAGGAAUAGCUACGUAUACAAAAUUGCGAUGGCAGAAAAAAGAAAAACUAAGAAACGCAAAGAGCGGAAAAAGGAGUUCGGUGAACCCCCCGAAUCUGAAAAGGCGACUAGUGAGGAGUAUGCGGUCGCUAAGUGGCUUAAAGCGAAUGUACCGACGAAGAAAACGAAAUUUUUAAACCACCACGUCGAGUAUUUUACAGGUACAAAGGCAGUAGACGCUCUCCUGACAUCGAAAUGGGCGACAUCCAAAAACCCACUCUUCACAACUCGACUCGAUGUCACGGAAUUCCUUCACCAGAUGUUACUACACAAGUUAUUCCACAGGGCUAAAAAGGUACCAGUGAGUGAACAAGAGUUGAGAGGCAAAUCCAAGAAGAAGGACGUGGAGAAGUCGAGCAAAAGUGGUGAUGAAAAGGAUGGAGACAAGGCAAGCGCUUCAGAAGGCAAAGACAAGGACAAAGAGAAAGAGAAGAAGAAACGAAAGAUACGUCUCGAGAUGCAUUUGGAGCAAGUGUUUUUGGACAGUAUGGACGCGUACGUCUGGAUCUACGACCCAAUGCCCUGGUACUACUGGCUGUUUGGGGCACUCGUUGUCUUUGGAACUAUCGGAAUAUGCAUGUUCCCGCUGUGGCCUGCUACCGUCAGGAAAGGCGUAUACUACUUGAGUAUCGCGGCGGCAGCGUUCCUCGUCCUGAUAAUAGUGCUAGCAGUGCUCAGAGUGGUCGUCUUCUGUUUGGUCUGGGUUUUGACUCUCACGAGACACCAUCUCUGGCUGCUCCCCAAUCUGACUGAGGACGUGGGUUUCUUCGCGUCUUUCUGGCCUUUGUAUAAAUACGAAUACCGCGGCCCCGGUUCCGAGAGUGACAAGAAGAGUAAGAAGAAGAAAAAGAAAGAUAAGCAGUCUGAUGACGAGGAAGAAAAGACUCCAUUGGUGCAAGCAGAGAAGCAAGAGGUUGCACCCGCCACUGAUAAUACGGAUACUGGGGAUUUGAAAGAGGAACCACCGGAAAUCACGGCCACAGAACACGUUGAAAAACAUUCAGAAUCGGACACAGAUAAUAGCCAACGGUCGUCCACAGAUAGGGAUUUCGAGAUCGUCAACUCGGACGACCUUGAACCGGAAGUACGCACUUAGAUUAAAUACUAUUAAUAGCAUAGUUUUUUUUUAUUAUUAUAAUCGUCGGAUUUUAUCGCCAUUUAUUACUAAAAAUCUGGUGAAUUAUUUGAGGCAAUUUAGGAUUUUUUACACUAAACGACAUUUAUUGGUUAAAUUAAUUGAAUUUUUUUUUUUUAAUUUUGCAGUUUUGGUCUUAGGGAGCGUUCAAGUAGUACGUCACGCAAUUUUUGGUUGACCCCCCCCCCCAUGUAACGCACCGUAACGUUUUCUGUAUAAUAGUAAAAAGUUUCGUGACAAUGAGAUUCUUGACCCCCCCCCCCCCAUGUAACGCACCGUAACGUUUUCUGUAUAAUAGUAAAAAGUUUCGUGACAAUGAGAUUCUUGACAACCCCCCCCCCCCCCAUGUAACGCACCGUAACGUUUUCUGUAUAAUAGUAAAAAGUUUCGUGACAAUGAGAUUCUUGACAACCCCCCCCCCAUGUAACGCACCGUAACGUUUUCUGUAUAAUAGUAAAAAGUUUCGUGACAAUGAGAUUCUUGACAA